UGUGUACAAGGCGCCAACCCAACCCCCACAAUCUCCGAUGUGUAUUCCAUGCGGAAGUGCAGACGCUAGGGAGUGAUUGUGCGCAUCAAUGCAUUCUUUUCGGUGAAAAUGUUUCGUGCUUUCCCUAAGCGCUUCAGUAACGGACGUUACGAACAUGUCAUGUCAUGACAAGUCAACCCUUAAAUGCUUCGUAGCUAUAAUUCUCCUUAGACGAAGUUGGGUUUUCCCUGUGCUCCGAAACUUUGAACACUGCGUCAUUUAGUCCCCAUUUUUACUUCCCCCCCCCCCCCCCGCCUUCCCCCCAAACUCCGGUUCCCUGCCUCAUCAGGCUCCUAUUCCACUGGAAAAUUGUCGGAACGACACUCUAUGGAGCUAUCGUCGCACAGGCAGGCGGUGGAGCGACGAACGGGUGGAUUUCCGUUGCAUGGGUUCAGAGCCCCGGGCGAAUGUACCCUGCAGAUGCGGUCGUGGGGAAUCUCCCCGCACCAACUCGUGUUAAGGCGUACGCCAUGAACGGCUACAGCAUGUCUUCUGUUGUGCCAUCAUCCGCAUUCAAAGUGACAGCGACGUCAGUUACGAGCAGCGUGUCAGGAACAAUUAUCAAAUUCACCCGGAGCGGCAAGACGGGCUUGUCGCCGAUCAAGUAUGUGGGCACAAACAACAUUAUUUGGGCAUACUCCUUUUCAGGCUUCUCCAAGAAUUUUGGCGACCAUGGUCCAAACUGGGGAUCUGCAAGCGUCAACCUAGCAUGCAGCGUCUAAGAUGUUUUGUUCUCGCAAUGGGUGUCAGUAGUGUAACGUGCAUGAUUUCUUUAUGUAGGAGUAGUAUGAUGAUACGAUGUAUGCAUGUAUGAAAAGCAAGAAACAAUUGUGUAGUUUGCAUGACCGUGCCAAAGAAUGCAACGCUUGGAAUGGAAUAUGGUGGCUUGCUCUCUUAAAACCCCAUGGCAAAAUAGCAGAGGGGUUAUCCAGCUGGGACCCCACUUGAUCGACCCCCCCACCAAACGCCCGAGGGGUUGGAUCCAUAAUUUUUUUCUCAGUAUGUCAGAUGUUUGCACAAUUGCCACGAGUUAUAUUGCAUUACUUUACAGUA